AAGCAAGCACAUUAAAAAGAUCGAACUUGCGCUUGCGCUUGCCGAGCACUGGAGCAUUCCGAGCGGCCGAGCAGCAGGCAGUCGGAUCGAACUUGCGCUUGCUCCAGCCAGCUAGACCUCCACCUUACGCGCUUGUUCGUUUGUUCUAACCUUAACAUUUGGAAAUCAGCUGAACCCAUGGCUGGAGGGAAUUCCACCGUACCCAUUUGGUGUCCUCAUUCCAGAAGAGCAUGAGAGGGAAGAUAUGGCUUGUGAACGCACUGCAGCUCGCCGGUGCCAUUCUGGCUGGACUCAUAGUUGGGAUAGGCAUCUAUGGCCAGCGUUACCGCCACCACCGCUUCACCAGGUUUAUCUUUCUUGGAGCCACCACCCUGUUCUUGGCUAUCAUCUCUACUGUUGUCCCCGUGGGCGCUGGUGAGAAUGCCUUCACCACAAGCCGGAGUGUCAGGGACUUGGAUCUGUUGAUUGCAAAGUGCGAUCCAAGAGGGCACUUAACUUUCGUUGUAGUAUGGGCAUCCCUUGUUCAGAUCAUCAUGAUCAAUACCAGUGCAGUAGUUGCUGUCAAUGAUAGAGAAGGUGGGAGCAUGGGUCCUCCAUUUGAGCUGUUUGUUAAGGGAGUCUGGACCUUUUACCUUGGUAUCAGCUAUAUCAUUCCCUGGACUAAAGCCAGUCGUGCCCGUGACAGUUUUGACCCCGAGGUCAUCAUUGCAAUGGCCCUUGAAGUGGUGCCUUUUGCUCUCAUAUGUACCAAAAUGGUAUUCAAAUAUUAUGCAUUUCAGAAAGCACGAUAAUCCUUUGCUCUCGGACGCAAUCCCCAUCUUAUUUUUUGGUACAUGAAGCAACAAUCGUCGCAACAAACAAGUCACCAUGGUGAACUAGUGGUAGCUGAGGAUGCACCUCCUCCGCUACUGGUUAUGGGAGAAGAGAAAAGACACUUGGAGAGACAGCCCCUUGGUUAUGUUUUCAAGGAUGACUCAUGGAUAAGUUCGCAUGACAAUGGUCUGGUGACAAUUGAUAGAGUUUGGAGGUUGAAUAACAUGCUUCCAACAUCAAAACUAAAGCCACAAAAAGACUUAUGCUUCUCAUUUGCAUUGUUCAAGUUGUUGCGGUGCCGAUUUUCAAGGUACAAGGUGAGAAAUAAUGCUGGCUCCAAGGACGCCUUGAGUUUUUUCUGGAGCUUAUUGCUGAAGGAUGGCGAACAAGAAAGGGUCUUUUUGGUUAUUUUGGAUGAGCUUUCUUUCCUUCAUGACUAUUAUUAUUCAUCCCUCCCGAUCUACUAUUCAAAGUAUUGGUUGCCCAUUCUGGGUAUCUUUAUCUCACUAUUGUGCAUAGCUUGCUGAUGUGGAUUGUUGAUCACACUGCUUGUGGAUGUACGGCUAGUGGUGAAUGAGGGAGGUGUUCCUCAGUUUGGUUGCUUUGUUUUUUGCAUGCGAGAACAAUUGGUCGGCCACACCUUGGAACAACUGGUUAGCAACAUCUGGGAUGAAUUUUAUGGAAGCUGGUGCCUCGAUCUGGUGCCACUAUUUUUGCUUUCGGUGUUAGUCAUGAUGACCGAGGUGAGGGACAUAGCUUCCUACAUCUGCAACAACUGAACUAAAGUUGCCCUCAUUUGCCACCUUGUAAACCAUGCCUCUUCGCAACAUUCUUCACUUCUCAAGAAGAAAUGGAUUGGCCGUCUGUUGUGUUGCAAAUGCAAGAUGAUGAAUUAUUGGGAUGAGAAAAUAGGUCAGUACUCUAUCCUGGAGAUUCGCCCGAGCACAACCUUGCUUGUACCUCUCAGGCGCCUCCUCCAUUUGCCGGAUAAGAAGAGGAAGGUCAAGGUGCCAGCAGCUGUGAAAGUUUGCAUCAUGGAAGUGCUAAGAAGCAGUAGAAAUGGACACCUUAGCAACGGCACAGCAUGUCUCUGCCGCCGGGGCCAAGUUGGUGAAAGGUUUUUCUGGGCUUGCAACAACCAUAGUACAUCUUGUACCAUACUUACAUGGCACGUCGCCACAAGCAUCCUCGAGGUCAGGUACACACACCUAGAUGAUGAAGAACAAAGUUCGAGCAUUAACUAUAAGAUCGCUGCCACUCGACUGUCAUGGUAUUGCGCCUACCUUGUGACAUGGUGUCCAGAGUUGCUUCCUGACGAUGAUGAAUGGAACAGGAGCCUGUAUGAAGAUGUCAAGAAAGACACUAAGCGUGUCCUUGCCGGCUGCGAAGCAGGAGACUCAUUGACGCCAGAAGCCAAAUGCCAACAGCUGAUCGGAUUGCUGGCUGCAAAUGCAAAGCAUGAGGUGCUCAAGGAAGGCGCGCGGCUGGGGGAUCAGUUGGUGGAGCUGAUGGUCAUCCAAGGGGAGGAUACGACGGUGUGGAAGUUGAUGGCUGAAUUCUGGUCAGAGAUGAUCCUGUAUGUCACGCCGUCCGACAACCUGAAAGGGCACAAGGAGGCCAUUGCCAGGGGCGGGGAGUUGAUAACGCUGCUCUGGGUGUUGCUCUUCCAUGCCAGGAUCGUCAGCAGGCCGGGUGAAGAGGACAACGCUGGUGGUGUCGUUUAAUAGUCUCUUUUGCUUGCAAUUAUUGUUUCCUCUUUGUUUUGGAUUCUUGAUCGUGAUGUGUGUUUUGCAUUUGUUUCUGUAUCUUGACCUAUUGCCACUAGUGACUGUAUGCCGCCAAUCUGAGUUUCAAUUGUAACAAGUCUAA